AUGUUAUUUUUAUUAUUUUUAUAAAUCGCAUAAGCAAAUUAAGGUGAAGACUACGUUCGCUUCAAUUCAACACUUAGAGCCAGUCUAAGAUAUGGAUAAUUUAUAUAACUUAUACCAAAUACUUUUGGAAUGGGAUCAAACAGUUAAUACCCAAUAGUUGAUGGAAUUGCUACAAUUAAUUUAACUAUAGGUUCUCCUACGAAAAAUGAGUUCGAUUUUUUUGUCUUUGAUUCUCCAUACAAUUAAUUUUAUGUUUGCUACAUACAUUUUUCAGAAAGAUCUGGAAAAUAAUGUUAAAAUAUGGUAAAAAAUAUAUGUUAGCCUUGUCCUAAAAAUUUGAGUUAAUUUUAAAUUCUAGUUUAAAAAUUUAUAUAGGCAGUUAUGAGUGUUUAAUUAAAUUAUAAAGAAGCAAUUGAAAAUGCUACUAAUAUGAACUCAUUAUGUUUUUUAGGAUGUUAGAGUGAUUAGGUAGGUUCAUUUAUUAUUUCAAAUACUUCUUAUAAAAAUUAUUAGAAUGCAGCCUCUUAUAUAAUAUUAGACAAUACACCUUUUCCUAAUCUAAGUGAUUGUUAAAUCAAAUUGAAAAAUUGUUAAGAUAUCAACUCAGAAAUUGAUUAUAAUUCUACAGAUAAAAAUUUAAUAAAUUUCUGCAAAAAUAUGAGAAACAUAAGUUGUGUUUAGUAAUUUCAAAAUAUAACUUAACCUGAAAUAUAAUUUAAUAUAGAUUUCGAUGUUUAAGUAAAUAAGUUUUGAUUAUUAGGUAACUCCAAAUAAUUCUCCUUAUUAUGUUUAAUAUAUGGUGAUGGUAAUUUUAGUAAUAAUAAUUGUCUUUUUGUUUAUUAUUCUAUGCGUAAUUGCUAUGAGAUAUAAGCAAGUGAAGAAAAAAAUAUAAUAAACUAAUAAAAAAAAAAAAUGA